GUCGUACGGUUGUAAUUAUUACAACAAUUGUUUUUCUUUCUCAAAAGUCUUUUCUUUCCCUCACUCUAUAAAUAUCAUAUCUUCACACCAUGGUUGGUUUUUCCUCUCUUUUUUUCAUUUUCCUUCCUUUUUCUCUCCUUUUUGUUUUUCUUUUUUCCUUUCUCCGACCAUUUUCCGGCCAAAUAUUCAGUAAUUUUAUCUCGAUUGGGCUUGCCUGGGAUUUCACUUCUCCGACAUCUUUGCUUUCUUAAAGACAAAGAAAAUGGAUGGGACUAAAGUGAUGGGACUUAGAAAUGUGAGCUCAAUUUGUUCCCUCUCUGAAAUGGAUGAUCAUGAUCUCUCACGCCUCCUUGAUAAGCCGAGGCUUAACAUAGAGAGGCAAAGAUCAUUUGAUGAAAGGUCACUCAGUGAGCUCCCUAUGAUUCUCACAAGAGGGAGUUAUGACAAUUAUGAGGGCAUGCACUCGCCCUGCGGGAGGUCAGGUAUUGAUACUCCAGCUUCUUGGGAUAGAAACUCCUUUGAUCCGCACCCCAUUGUGGCUGAAGCGUGGGAGGCUCUUAGGAGGACUUUGGUGUAUUUCAGAGGCCAACCAGUUGGUACCAUUGCUGCGUAUGAUCAUGCUUCCGAGGAAGUUUUGAACUAUGAUCAGGUUUUUGUUAGAGAUUUUGUACCUAGUGCUUUGGCUUUUCUGAUGAAUGGAGAGCCUGAGAUAGUCAAGAACUUUCUCUUGAAGACUUUACAACUUCAAGGGUGGGAGAAAAAAGUAGAUAGGUUCAAGCUAGGAGAAGGAGCAAUGCCAGCUAGCUUCAAAGUUCUACAUGACCCUGUACGUAAAUUGGACACGAUUAUUGCUGAUUUUGGAGAGAGUGCCAUUGGAAGAGUUGCUCCAGUUGACUCUGGAUUCUGGUGGAUCAUUCUGCUCCGUGCAUACACAAAAUCUACUGGGGAUUUAUCACUAGCUGAGAGGCCUGAGUGUCAAAAAGGGAUGAGGCUUAUACUUACUCUGUGUUUAGCAGAAGGAUUUGAUACAUUUCCAACACUGCUUUGUGCUGAUGGAUGCUCUAUGAUUGAUAGAAGAAUGGAUGUUUAUGGUUAUCCUAUUGAAAUUCAAGCGCUUUUCUAUAUGGCUCUGAGGUGUGCAUUAUCAAUGCUGAAGCAAGACGCCGAAGGAAAAGAUUGCAUUGAAAGAAUUGAGAAGCGUUUACAUGCCUUGAGCUAUCAUAUGCGUAGUUACUUUUGGCUUGACUUUCAACAACUAAAUGAUAUUUACAGAUAUAAGACUGAGGAGUACUCUCACACUGCAGUAAAUAAGUUUAAUGUUAUUCCCGAUUCUAUCCCUGACUGGAUAUUUGAUUUUAUGCCAACACGUGGUGGCUACUUUAUUGGGAAUGUUAGUCCUGCAAGGAUGGAUUUUCGAUGGUUUUGUUUAGGUAACUGUAUAGCAAUUUUAUCUUCUCUUGCAACACCAGAGCAAUCAGUGGCCAUUAUGGAUCUUAUUGAAGCACGUUGGGAUGAGCUUGUUGGAGAAAUGCCUUUAAAAAUAGCUUAUCCUGCAAUAGAAAAACAUGAAUGGCGAAUUGUCACCGGUUGUGACCCUAAGAACACAAGAUGGAGUUAUCACAAUGGAGGAUCUUGGCCAGUGCUUUUGUGGUUGCUAACAGCUGCUUGCAUCAAAACGGGAAGGCCACAAAUUGCAAGGCAGGCAAUUGAUCUUGCGGAGACACGUUUGUUGAAAGAUGGCUGGCCAGAAUAUUAUGACGGAAAACUCGGGAGAUUUAUAGGCAAACAAGCAAGGAAGUACCAGACAUGGUCAAUAGCUGGAUAUUUAGUGGCGAAAAUGAUGCUAGAGGAUCCAUCACACUUGGGGAUGAUCGCUUUGGAAGAGGACAAACAGAGGAAGCGAAUGAUAAAGAGAUCAUGUUCCUGGAAUUGCUAAACACACUAAACUAGCAAAACAAAACGUGACUGAGUAGAGGGGACAAAACAGACGGAAGGUAAGAGGACCUUCGAAUUUCAUUAUAACACUAUUCUUUGGCAUUUGCCUAUUUAGGGUAUGAUCAAAAGUUCGAUUUUUUGUGUAUAGUAGCUGGUUUUUCUUUACAUUUAUAAUAAAAUGAUACAUUUUGCUGUUUCAGGGUCAGAUUUUUAAGGCCGAAACGGCAAAGAAAAUUUUGUCUAUCUAAAAAAGAAAUAUGAAUAUAACACUGAAUGUAUCAACUUUUAAUGUUUUUAGUUCUAUCAUGAAAAUUUUGAUUACGAACAAUGGAGAUUGCUCCUUUGUUGUCCCAAUACACCUUGUAAUCCGCAACACUUCACAAACUCCAUGAGCAACUGAUCUAAAUAUCAGCCCCUGCACUACUUUAAACAA